AUGGAACUUAUCUGCUUGCCCGCUGGAUUGUUCAACAUCAUCAACACACUCCUCGGCAACAUCCUCGGCACGGUUCAGAUUUUGGGUACCCCUUGCGGUGGCACAAUGAAGUGCUGCUCCACUACCUCUGGUAUCGGCUCCAAGAUCAAGGUCAGCGGACUCAAAUGUGUCGCUCCUACUACACCUACUACUCCGACCAUCCCACCCGUGGUCUCUCUUCCACCUGUCAUCCCGCCCGUGGCUUCUGCCAUCCCGCCGAUUGUUUCUGGGGUGGUUUCCGCCAUUCCACCUGUCGCCUCUGCCAUCCCACCAGUCGUCUCCGGCGUGCUUUCUGCCGUCCCGCCUGUGGCUUCAGCGAUUCCACCAGUCGUCUCCAACGUGGUUUCCAUCGUCGCACCUGUAGUCACUGAUGUGAUCUCGGUCGUAGCGCCAGUGGUUUCCGGCGUUGUCUCUGUCGUAGCACCUGUGGUUACCGAUGUGGCUUCCGUUGUAGCGCCUGUGGUUACCAACGUGGUUUCCAUCGUAGCGCCAGUGGCAACACCCAUCGUUGACCCAGUACUCUCCGUCGUAGUACCAGCGGCAACACCCAUCCUCAACCCAGCACUCUCCAUUGUUGCACCAGUCACGACACCCAUCCUUACGCCCAUCCUCCCGGGCAUUGGACUCUAA